UAGCUGGGUACUGGGCAGACGUGGUUUUCAUUGUAAGUGAUUAAUUGGUCGGCAGGUCAUUCCGCUGGACCCUCAGCGCUACUGGGUAGAUGAAAGACUGAGCUGCUGAAAGCCUCAGGACAGACAGUCAUCUACUCACUACAGUCCUUGACCCCUGGGGGGAGGGCAGCAGGCACCGCGUGUCCUGUCCAUUUCUCAUGAUGACCCUGAGAACGUCUCCUGUCCCCAUUUAGCGCUAAGAAAAUGGGAGCUCGGAAAGCCAGGUCACCCACAGUCACUGCAGGGGAACCCAAGGCCAGUGCCCUUCCACUAGAGGCGGGGCGCUCCUGGGACCCCCGCCUGCAUGGUCUCUCAGCCCCCUUGGAUGCAGGUGCUGACCCGAAAGGGGGGCCGACCCUCGGGCUCCUCUGAGCGCCCCUCACUGGGGUGGGGCCUCUUCCCUGCAGGCACGAGCUUGCUGCAAGAGGUGGUCUACCUGGUGAGCCAGGGCGCCGACCCCGAUGAGAUCGGCCUGAUGAACAUCGACGAGCAGCUGCCAGUCCUGGAGUACCCGCAGCCCGGCCUGGACAUCAUCAAGGAACUGACAUCUCCCCGCCUCAUCAAGAGCCACCUCCCCUACCGCUUCCUGCCCUCCGAUCUCCACAACGGCGACUCCAAGGUCAUCUACAUGGCACGGAACCCCAAGGACCUGGUGGUGUCCUAUUACCAGUUCCACCGCUCCCUGCGCACCAUGAGCUACCGGGGCACGUUCCAGGAGUUCUGCCGGCGGUUCAUGAACGACAAGUUGGGCUACGGCUCCUGGUUUGAGCAUGUGCAGGAGUUCUGGGAGCACCGCACGGACGCCAACGUGCUUUUCCUCAAGUACGAAGACAUGCACCGGGACCUGGUGACGAUGGUGGAGCAGCUGGCCAGGUUCCUGGGGGUGUCCUGUGACAAGGCGCAGCUGGAGUCCCUAAUCGAGCACUGCCACCAGCUGGUGGACCAGUGCUGCAACGCCGAGGCCCUCCCCGUGGGCCGGGCCCAUUGCCUCUUUGCUCGGAAGACCUCCUUGUGCUGGUGAGCGUGCAGGGCCCGCGUGGCCGGCUGCACGGCUUAAGUUUGGUUCAUGUCACAGCAUAAAUUGCACUGUGUUGAUUCCAAAUCCUAAACCAGGUGGGUGACUCCUCUGCUGAGCUCUCAGCUGAGAGAAACAAUCUUGGAAAAAUAUAUUUAUUGUGUGGUCGCUCUAGAAGCUUCUAAUUUUUCCCCCUAGGUAUCAUUAGCGGGUGGCAGGAACAGCAUCUCUUGUUUUUUCCUCUCUGACACUCACAUACAACUUUCAUUACCAAAGAGAAAAUCCUUGUCAUGUUGGAUGUAUUAGCUCAGCAUUUGCAGGGGUGCAGUUUUGUACCCAAGGUCCUGCCAGGACAAUGCCAGCCGUUAUCAGUGGGGCUAAUGAGGGGUGUCUGCUGGAGACCCUCAGAGCUUUGAUCUCAGAGGUGCUGAUGGCUCUGAACAACCAUGUCAGUCCCCCGAGGUCCCUCCUGAAAAGCACAGCGACAGUGCUCGGGCUGGCGGUUCACAGCUCACAGAGCCGGGAGGUCUGCAUCUCCACUCCUUGCAUCUUCACCGUCACCUUUAAUAUUUAUUUUUAUUUUUUGUUAAUCCUCAAGGAUAUUUUUUCCAUUGAAUUUUAGAGAGUGGAAGGGACGAAGGGAAGGGGGGUAGAAAGAGAGAGACACACACAUAUCGAUGGGUUGCCUCAUGCAUAUUCCCCGACCGAGGCCAGCAUCAAACCUGCAACCCAGGUAUGUGCCCUUAACUGGGAAUUGAACCUGCGACCCUUCGGCGCGUGGGCCGACUCUAACCACUGAGCCACACUGGCCAGAGCACCAUUAAUAUUUGACCAUAUCAACUGCAGAUUUUGUAUUUACCAAGAAAGUGGGUAUACUCAGCAGUUCUGGGGCCUUCCUGAGCUCGCUCUCCUAAGCCUGCGUCCAGGUGGCGGCCCCGCGCCUGCAGGCUCUGCGCUCCUGUGAACGCGCCUGUGCCGAGCAGCCUCCCUGUGCUGCAGCGCUGCCGAGGCUGGGGUGGCCCCCGACUGACUGACUGCUGAGUCAGGAGUUUUUGCUGCUGAACACGGAGAGCUAGUUGACACCAUGACUGUGUCCUUCCUCCCCGAGGCUGCACGGCAGGCUUCUCUAAAUCUCCCUCCUUGACUCAAGGCCUCCUGCCGUCACGUGUGCCUUUUGAGUGAUGUUUUUCCUUUUCACGUUCUCCAGAAAUGAGGGCUGCCUUGAGCUGUUGAGCCACGAGUGAGUAGUGAUGUCACGGAGGCCCCAGGUCCCCGUGGUGCCAGGGUGGUGGAUCCAGUCCACAGACCCGCCCAUGCUCCGGGUGUUGAGAACCACUGCUCUGAACCUGGGUGCUGUGGCCUGGCAGUGACCAUAGCUCAGCCUGGGUGCUGGGGUCCAGGAGUGACUACAGCUCUGAGCCUGGGUACUGGGGCCCAGCAGUGACCCAGGCAGAGGCUUUUCCACCCAGCUCCUUGCACCUGUGGUGCUGGGCCACUGAGCGAGGAAAGGACAAGACUCAGGGAAGCGGGUCAGGCUCUUCUGUAGUGCAGACGGCCUGGCCCCCUGGGCCAGGCUCGGAAGGUCCAGGAAUAGAUCUGGAACCUUCCGGAUCCACAUCCAAGGCUUCCUCUGGUCAGCGGCGGCCGACAGCGCUCACAUUCAGCAGGUUUCCCGUUUGCCUUCCAGGGCGCGUCGGGCUGUGGAAAGACAUCUUCACCGUGUCCAUGAACGAGAAGUUCGACCUGGUGUACAAGCAGAAGAUGGGGAAGUG